AUGGAACCCUCCAAUCAGGAGCCCACAUCUUUCACCAUCGAUAAAGGUUUGUACGGUUACAAGGUAAUGCCAUUUGGCCUAAAGAACGCCGGGGCCACGUACAAGAGACUGGUUGACGCCAUGUUCACAGAUAAUAUUGGUAAGAUCAUGGAGGUAUAUGUGGACGACAUGCUAGUCAAAAACGUCACCAUUGAAGAUCAGAUUAAGAAUCUGGGCAUCGUUUUCGACAUCUUACUCCAAUACGGUAUGCGACUCAACCUAGACAAUUGCGUGUUUAGCGUACUGGGAGGUAAAUUCUUGGGCUUUGUGGUCAGCAAGAGGGGCAUCGAGGCCAACCCCGAGAAGGUGCAAGCAAUUCUCGAUAUGGCACCACCAAAAACUAGGAAUGAGGUCCAAUCCCUCACUGGGAAGGUUGUCGCUCCCGCCCAAUUCAUAUCGCGCUUAACUGACAAGUGUGCCCCAUUCUUCAAGCUCCUCAAAACUCACCAUGGACCCGAGCAUGACAAGGCUUUUCAGGGCCUCCGAGACUAUCUGGCGUCAGUACCCACUCUUUCCAAACCUAUCCCAGGAGAGGUCCUGUACAUCUACCUCACCGUAUCAGUCACCGCAAUCAGCGCUGCCCUGGUCAGACGAGAGGACAACAAUGAACUGCCAAUCUAUUACACCGACAAGGGGUUUAAUGAUGCCGAAUCCAGGUACUCCGAUAUCGAAAAAUUCACCCUCGCACUCCUCAUAGCCGCCCGGCGAUUACGGCAGUAUUUCCAAGCACAUACCAUACAUGUUUUGACUAACCAGACUUUGAAACAAGUCCUCCAGAAAUCGGAAUCUUUAGGAAGGCUGGUAAAAUGGUCCAUCGAACUCGGCGAGUUUGAUAUUCAUUACACGCCGCGUACGGCCAUCAAAGGGCAAGCCGCUACCGAUUUCAUCGCUGAGUUCAUACGCCGAGAAGAUGCCGCAUCCUUGGACGAGACUGUCUCGGAAAACCAUACCACUCCCACGUGGACUCUUCACGUCGACAGAUCCUCCAACAGUAAGCAGAGUGGUGCUGGGGUAGUCUUAACUGAUCCAGAAGGGAACACAUAUGAGUAUGCGCUACAAUUCAAGUUCAAAGCCUCAAACAACGCAGCCGAGUGUGAAGCGCUGAUCGUCGGCAUCCAGUUGGCCAAGGAGUUAGGAGUCAUGAAAUUGGCAAUUUUUAGUGAUUCCCAACUCGUCGUCAACCAAGUCGACGACCAUUUCCAAGCCAAAGAGUCACAUCUAUCCCACUACCAAUCCCGCGCCAAGGCUUUACUCCAGCGAUGUCUCGCCAACCAUAUAAUCGCCCUGAUCCCCUGGGCACAGAACAGCAAGGCAGACGCUGUCGCCAGGUUGGCAACAUCGCCCCCAAACACCGAUAUGGGAGACUUCAAGCCGAGUAUAGAUAAGCCAUUCUCGGAGAUAUUCUUGACCGAGAGCGAGCGUACACCUUCAUGGAUGGACCCAUUUAUCGAUUACCUCUCUAAGGGCAUCGAGCCCCAAGACAAGACUAUCGCCACCAGGCUCCGUAGAAGAGCAACACUGUACACGGUUCGAGAGGUCAAACUAUAUAAGAAGGGCAGGUCCUUCCCCCUGCUAAAGUGCAUCUCCCUCGAAGAGGGACAGCGAGUCUUACUAUCGCUGCAUAGUAGAGUUUGCGGCAAUCACACAGUGGACUACAACACCAAGUGGGUCGAAGAUGAGGCUUUAGCAACGAUCAUAGUUGCCAAGGUCAUUAACUUUCUGUGGAAGAACAUAUACUGCCGAUUUAGAAUCCCCGAGAUAACCAUCAUCGAUACCCAGUUCGAUAACUAUACGCUCAGGGAAUUAGUUGGCCAGUACGGCACGCAGAUUCGAUAUGCCUCCCCCGAACACCCACAGACAAAUGGCCAAGUUGAGGCUGUCAAUAAAAUAAUCAAGCAAAACUUGAAGAGGCGGCUCGACGAUGCUAAGGGCUUAUGGGUAGAAAAACUCCCCAAGGUGUUAUGGGUGAUCAAAACGACCCCAACCAAGGCCAAUGGUGAUUCCCCUUUCUGCUUGUCAUUCAGAUUCGAGGCCGUGAUCCCUGUCGAGCAGGAGGUUCACAGUGAGAGGGUCGCAUGCUUCGACCCACUCACCAACUUGGAAGGGUUGAACCUCGAUUCCGACCUCUUGGAAGAACACCACGAGCGAGCCCAUCUCUAG